GAAGCAGAUCCGCACGCUCGUAACAAUGGCGUCUUCGUCUGCCAGUUCAAACACCAAUCUGAUAGAAAAUUUUUGUGCUGUCACUGGAGCGGACGAAAAUGUGGCCAAGCAGAUGCUGGAAGCCUGCAACGGCAAUCUGGAAAUGGCCAUCAACAUGCACGUCGACUCGGACUGGACACAGCCAUCGAACUCGCAUACCAGCGAAGCCGCCUUGGGAUCGAGCUCGGACAUGCCCCCGCCCCCCGUAGCCGCACCCGAUGAUGAUGUCCGACCACCAAUUCCACCUGUAAGGGAAGUCUUGGUUGAUGGCCCAUUCCCCUAUGGUUAUCCUGCAGCAAGGCGGGCCACCUACAGUGUUUUUGAUAGGUUCCGUGACUUCCAGGCAGAGACAAGACUGCAGGAAGAAAAAUUGCUGCAAGGUGACACGGACAGUCCGUCAUACAAGAAACGGAAAACACUAGAAGAUCUCUUUAGGCCACCAUUGGACCUCAUGCACAGGGGCUCAUUCGAAUCGGCUCGGGAAAUUGGCAGGACAAAGAAUCGAUGGUUGAUGGUGAACGUGCAGAAUGUUCAGGAGUUUGCCUGUCAGGUGCUGAAUAGAGAUGUAUGGAGCAACUCCACCAUCAAAAGCAUCAUCUCUGAACACUUCGUCUUUUGGCAGGUCUAUCAAGACAGUGAGGAAGGACAGCGUUAUGUUCUCUUCUACAAAGUUGUCGAUUACCCUUAUGUGGCUAUCCUGGACCCCAGGACCGGUGAAAAGGUGUUGUCUUGGAAUCAGGUGGAUGCUGUCAAGUUUUGUGACGCAGUCACUGAAUUCCUGGCAGAGCACCCGACACCCGAUGGCUCUGCUGUCAAUCCCCCAACAAAAAAAGUGAAACCUACUGCCAAAAAGGAGAGCAUUGUCGAGGAAGAUGAAGAGUCACAGAUGCGGGCAGCCAUAGAAGCAUCCCUGCGGGAGAAUAGUGCACGGACGCACGAGUCUGCUUCGGACGAUGACCAAAGUGACUUGGAGACCUUUGAUUCGGACACAGAAGCGGGGCCAGCACACACAAGCAACCACAGCAGAAUGCAGGUGGAUUCUCCGCCACCUACCAGAGACGACAUGGCCAAGGGCGAGGCUAGUAUCGCAAAAUCCGAUGUGGUUGAGUGGAAGAGGUUCCUGGGAAGUGAGUCGGAUGAAAAAUCGGAGCUUAUGAUUCGAUUCCCGGAUGGGUCGAGAAAAGUGAUGAGCUUCCCAUGCACGUCAAAGCUCAAGGCACUCAUCUUGUAUGCAUCUUCGAAUGGAUUCGGCGAGGAGACCCACGAGCUAGUGACUAACUUUCCGCGGCGCAACCUGAGUGAGCUGGACCACUCGUCGACGCUGCGUGAUGUGGGCCUCUUCCCCAAGGAAACACUGUUCAUACAGUUACGCAACUCAUGACCCUUGCUGCUCCUCAACCUGCCUCCACUCACAUGGUCGCUGCUCACUGUUGUCCUAGUGGGUGUGCUCGGAGACUUUCUUUUACAGCAGUUAUUUCCACCACCUUUUGCCGCACGUCUGCCAGAAGAGCGACAUGCAGGGCAUGAGUGGCUGUGUUUUGACAAAGCUGCCACGUCGCUAAUGCAGAACACUCAUUUGCGGAUCGAUGGCCAAGACUCGCGUCGUUUGUUGGUGCAGGAGUUGCAAGCAGGCUGCAGCUGAGACCCGGCACCCAGAAAGGAAGAAUUUUUGCCCCUUGCAGUGAAGCAGGAAAUCGUGUCAUUGCCCCUCUUUUUUCCCCAUAUGGGUGAAGGAAACCUGUCGACUGAUUUUACUUUGCAAGAUAUUUGACUGAGAUUUGCAGAAAUCGGUGUGAAGAAAAAGGACAUCUGGCUAGACAUGUUUUGUUUGCAUGGUUUUUAUUUGUUGAGCCCUUUAUCGGAAGAGUAGCCCUUCCCUUUUCUUUCUUUCUUUUCCAUCACACUGCUGCAUCUUGCAGUGUAGCUGUACCUGCUAUGCACUCAUUUUGGCCAGUCAUUUGAAACAGUUCUCAUGGCUGCAUGGCGUGCUUCACAUUUCAAGGAGGUUGUAUCUGCGAGGUACAACACUAUAUUUUCGACCUGUUUUGAUUUAGAGGCUGCUUUAUUACACUAUACAUCCUGGAGGUUUGUAUUUUUUUGCAUGUGUAUUGUGUACAGGUCUCUGUGAUGACAAAACAUCACAUUGUUUAUAUAUGCUAUUUUUCACUUUUCAGCAAAAAGCAUUUUUAUGUGAUCCAUUUUUGAGAAUGACUAAAGUUGUGCCUAUCUUUUGUUUUAGCACGCAUGUGUGAUGUGUUCACUGUCUGUACUCGUAUCAUUGCUACAAUGUGCCCAUGCUGUUCCGAGGGCUGAGAAAAGUUGCAAGUCUUUUUAGUGAGCUGGUGCAUUUCUGGGAAAAUGCAUGACGAGCCAUCAUGCUAUCGAGCUACAACUAUCAUGCCACAAGCUCAAGCUGGAUUCCCAUGAUACAUCAAGUUGCGAUUCAAACUUGUGCAAUACGUAUCACUGGAUCAUAUGUCACUUGUUCCUGCGAUGCUCAUUCAGGCCACGUGAAGCACUUCACAAUACAGCUGAAAACCAAAUUACCAACGGGAUUUUCGGCUUAAUAUACCAAAAUUUUAUGGUAAAACUUUAGUCUGGCAGCAACCAUCUUCAGUUCAAUUAAGUCGCUCAUACAAGUACACCUGACUCGUGUGAUUAUCUAGAUGGCCGUGAGUGAAAGGGCACAGCAUCUUCAGUCAACUGUACUUUCGGGAGCGAGAAGCAGGGUUACUUUGUCGACUUUGUGGGCUUCUUUGUCACAUGACUGCUAGCCGAGAAGUGACCUGAUGUGUAUUACCUUACUAAUUCAUCCAUGAUCAUGUCCGUCAUGUAAAUCCAGCUUGAGUAGAGUUUGUGUACAGGGCAACUCCAAGAAUUUUUUGGUAUUCGUGUGUAUCAGAAAAGUUCUUAGUGUAUUUUUGCUGCUUGUCUUGAUCUUUUGUAACAAACUAAAUGCACAGCUGUGUUGCAUUUCUUAAUAUUUUUUUUUUAUUUUGCUAUGCAAAUAAAUUUUAAAGUAUGCCUCUA